AUGACUAACUCCCUUUUCUACCUUUUUCGUUUCAGUUUCUUUUGGUUUUUUUAAUUUCUCAUAUGAACUGUCACAACUGAGAUUAAAGAAAAGAAAAAGAAAACAAGAUUUUUUUCUUUCUGCUUCCAUCUCUCCUCAUCACAAGCCAAGGUGUUUGUUGUGUUGAGAACUGAGAAGAAUUGUGUAUUUAUUACAUACGGGUCUGUCAGGAACCCUGGAUUUUCCUCCCCUUCCACCUGUGUUUUUUUUAUCUCCAUUCCUGAGCUUCCUCUUUACUUUAGAGAAGAUUAAAGAAGAAAAGCACCUAACUUCUCCAACCUCCAACCUCCAACCUAUAUAUUCAUUUUUUUGUUUUUGAUUUUCGGGACAACCCAAAAGAGAAAGAAAACCUCCAGAUCUCUCUCACACAAAAAAGAACAAAAGGAAGAAAAAAAAAAAAAGAGAGAAAAAGAAUGAGAGACAUAGUUUCUUGUUUCAGUGAAAGCGCAGUGAGUGUGUCUAAUCCUUCAUGUUCCAGCUACUCAAACACAGCUUGCAUCAAUCCAAGCCUUUCCCCUUCAAUCCAAAAUUCCGUCGCCUGUGUUUACAGAAUCACCCUCUCAACCCAGAAGAAAAUCUUGAUCACAGUCACCUGGUGCAAGACGAAUUCCGCUCAAGGCCUAAGCAUAAGCUUCGGGGAUGACCCAUCGGCGGCGGCGACGGCCUUCCGGCUCAACACGAAUUCCCGGUUGUUCAGGAAGAAGAAAGGAAGCAAAUUGAUGGAAUCCGGUAAUUCGAACAUCGAAGUUUUCUGGGAUCUCUCUAAUGCCAAGUACGAAGCAGGGCCUGAGCCUGUCGAGGGAUUCCAUUUGCUCAUCAUGGUUGAUUCAGAAAUUGGCCUAAUUUUAGGCGACAUAGCCGAAGAAACCGUCGCCAAGAAAUUCAAACCGACGACUUCUGCAGCAAAUGUCUCUCUGAUUUCGCGGCGGGAGCAUUGUUCGGGAAAUACCCUUUACUCAACCAAGGCCCAGUUCUGCGACGCCGGCAUUGCGCACGAGAUUUUGAUCCGGUGUACCGGAGAAAACGAGGGGUUGAGGUCGCCGGUUUUGUCGGUGUGCAUCGACAAAAAGACGGUGAUUCGCGUGAAGAGGCUGCAGUGGAACUUCAGAGGGAACCAGACAAUUUUUGUCGACAAUUUGUUGGUUGAUCUGAUGUGGGAUGUGCAUGAUUGGUUCUUCAAUCCUGCAUCUGGAUAUGCUGUGUUCAUGUUCAGGACGAGAAGUGGCUUGGAUAGCCGGCUUUGGCUGGAGGAGAAGUUGGUGCAGAAGGAUCAAGAGAGAGUUGAAUUCUCUUUGUUGAUCUAUGCCUGUAAGAACCAAUAAUUUUUUUCAUUUUUCAUUUUUCUUUUUUCUUUUUUCUUUUUGUUCUUGUUUUUGUUUCUUCCUUUUUCUUUUCAUUGGUGUUUCUUCGAUUUUUACCUUUCAAUAUUCUUUUUCUUUUCUGCUUGAAAGGAAUAGACACUUACUCUUUUAUAUGUAAAAAAAUUAA